AUUCCCAAGGCCAAGAGAGUGAAGAAAUUAUGUCCAAUUCUAAAAUUGACAGUUCCAGGUGUCCUGGUUCUCAUCCAAAUGAUUGCCAAGUGCUUUCAGUUUCAGAAUAUACAAAUACAUCACUUCCGGAUGGUGCACAGGCAUUGGAACAUGGAAAUGCUCAAUCAGAAUAUAAUUACCAAGCAAGUUCUGGAUUUCACUUUGGUCUUGACUCACCGCAGCUUGCUGCAGAACAGAUAUAUGCUGAAGGUUCUGAUCCUAAAGUUCCUCUAUUUUAUUCAAAUAGUUUUCUUGAAAGUUUGCCAAACAAUUUUGGUAUAGAAUCGGACCCCUUUCAACUAAACAGGAGCAAUAGUGAUUUGCAUGCUGAACCAGCACAACCAACAGAUGACCGCUCCUGGACUUCCCAUGAGUAUACAACAUGUAAAGAUGACGGGAAGUGUUUUACUCCUUGUGAAUCCAUGGAGCUCGAAUCAUUGUCUUCCUUUGGGUGGCAUUCACAGAUUCAAGAAAAAUCAAAGGCUUCAGUUGAGGGUUCUUCAUCUUUAUCAGAAUCAGCAUGUGAUGCGACUUCUAAAUUUCAUGAGCAAGAAGUUAAUCACCUUGAACUAAUGGAUUCUGUUGACCCUCUGCAGAAACGUCUGGAUUUAAGAAAUAAUAAUUCAAAGGAAAAUCACUUUCAAAAAUCAUUAUCAAAUGAAAAAGACGGUUAUGUUCUACCCCUAGAUUCAGAUGGUGACUCGAAGUUUGAGGGAAAAUUAGUCUACUCUUCUUCUAUAGGACAGCAUUUGUUCAAUGGACUUUUAACAGAAGAAGGUUCAAAGAAGAUGUCCAGUUCUGGGGCCAACAGGGGAACAGGUGAGAACGAAAAUGAGAAUGAUGUUUCCAGCAUUCCUUCUGAAGGGAAAUUAAAUAUCCAAGAUAUAAAUGCUGCUGAAAACUAUAGUGACAGUGCUGGGGCAAAUCUUCUUCUGCGUUUUGAUAACAUACCGUGGUCAGCCUCCAGUGCCACAAAUUCUGUCACCAGCAGCUUAGAGGAUGCAUCCCAGUUGAGCAGUAAAAUCAGUUCAUUGCUGAAAGGGGACAACAAAGAAUUGGACCAGAUGUCAAAGACUGGAUCAGGAACAGAAUUUCCCUCAGAAAAAUUAACGGACCAGCUGCUUCAGAAGCGUCUGAAAGAGAAGUUGCGUGUAUGGAUCGUACAGAAGGUUGCUGAAGGUAGUAAUGGCCCUAGGAUAUUGGAUGAGGGUGGACAAUGUGUUCUACAUUUGGCAGCUGCACUUGGCUAUGAUUGGGCUUUGAAGCCUACUAUAGAUGCUGGUGUAAGUGUUGAUUUCCGUGAUGUGAAUGGAUGGACUGCACUUCACUGGGCAGCGUUUUUUGGCAGAGAGAAGACGGUGGCUACCCUCAUUUCAUUGGGUGCAGAUCCUGGAGCAUCAACAACGCGAUCACCAGAAUAUCCUUCAGGCAUUACACCUGCCGAUCUGGCCUCUGCCAGUGGACAUAAAAGAAUUUCUGUAUACCUUGGAAAAAGACCCCUUAAUUCAUUAACAGCUGCAUUUUCGGAAUUUCGGCUAAGGAAAGCUGAAUAUAUGCGAAAGAAAGGUGAAUUUUUGCGAAAGAAACUUGGAUUUUGGCGAAGGAAAGCUGAAUUUACACCAGCGGAGGCUGAAUGUACGGAAAGUGAAGCUGAAUUUUUGCUAAAGGAAGCUGAAUUUUUGCUAAAGGAAGCUGAAUUUUUGCGAGGGGAAGCUGAAUUGAUACCAGGGAAAGCUCACGUAACGCGAUUGCAUGCUAAUACGAUGCGAAUUGAAGCUGAAUUUAUGCGAAGGGAAGCUGAAUUUUUGCGAAGUGACGCUGCAUUGAUGCGAAGGGAAGCUGAAUUUCAGACUUUUCUGAAAGCCCAAAACCUGGGUAAGAAAAUGAAAGAGGAUGAAGAAGAGGACGAGGGGCCAGACGACGAAGGGCCAGAGGGCGGAGGGCCGGAGAAGGACGAGAGACCGGGGAAGGAGAAAGAAGAGGGAAAGAAACGAGCACCAGACUCUGCUUUGGAGGGUGGAAAGGCACACAAGAUUUUGAAGGCUCAUUUAGCAUGCAUGGCUCUGUUGACCGCAUAUUACGUUGUGCAAAGCAUGGAGACAAUCCAAAUGCUUGCGUUGGUAUGGGUUGAGGCUUCUAAAAAAACUGGAGAAACAAAGCUUUCUUAUAAUAUUGAGAGUAAAGGUGCAAAUAAGGAUUCUAACUUUGCAUUUUUUUCUAUUUAAGGAUGUUAACUUUGAUAGUUUCUAAAUAAGGAUGUCAACUUUCAAUUUUUUUCUAAAUAAGGAUGUUAACUUUGUCAGUUUCUAAAUAAGGAUGUCAACUUUCA